UAAUGUCUCUAUUAAGAAGGGUCUACACGCAAAUUUUUUCGCGCAGUCUCGGUACCGAUCGCAAUAGUUAGAAGUAUUAUGUACACUUACGUCGUCAAGACAACGCAUCGACUUACUUGCUUUAGUAAGGCGUACGUGUACUUAUUCGAUACAUGUAUCACUGAUAAUAAUUGUCAAACAAAGAUCGCUUCUGCAAAAAUGUCUUUGCAUUCAACACCUAUCCUGUAUUUAAAUAUGGGCGGCGAAAUGUUGUACGUUUUACGACAGAGGCUAAAGGCGCAAAAGAUCGAUGUCGACAAGACAGUACAAGUAUUAGAUGACGUAACAGCCGCUUUGCUCAAUCCUAAAAUACUAUCGCCGAUUUUCGAAGAAUUGCCAAUGAUCGGAAUAUCACAGUUACGCACCACUUUGGAAAGCGUCGCUCUUUCAUCCAUCAUGAAACUAGACAGGAGUAGCAUGGACAAAUUAUUCGAUUUAAUGAUCAUGAUGGUGAAGUAUCAAUUAAGGGCGGCUACUGGACCCAGAGAAGUCAUUCUCAUCAUUCUAAAUCACAUAGACGCGAUACGCGACUUAGUCAACGAUGUAAAUGCACAAAAGUGCGUCAGCAUGGUGCAUCAGAUGGUUGUUAGCGUGAGUAUAACUCAGUAUAAUCAAUUUAACAAUAUUCAAUUCAAUGAGAAUUUUUGUCCACUUUUCAAAGCGCAGUUUUAUGGCUGUCUGACUUUUGAAGAAGUCUGGAAUGCACGGGAGAGUUGCCUGAAAGAAUUGGAACCGUACCACGUGCGAGUUUCAAUCCUCCUGCGACGCGGUUUACAAAAUGACGACGCCAGCUUUAACGUAGUACCUCAAAAAUACGAUGAGAAAUACACAGAGCACGGAAACACUCUAGCCACCAUGAGGAUUAAAGAUGUGAGUCCUGAGACAUGUUGCGGAGGAUCCUUCGAUACCUUUGGUGAUAGAAAGACGUUAUUAGGCAAAAAUAUAUACUUGCCAACAUACGGCCUAACGGAAAGCGCAGUACGAGACAGCCAACAGUUCUUAAGAGACUGCGGCACAAAAGCAGAAUUAGGCAUGCUGGCUGUUCAGCUGGGAACUGAGGAAACUAAUUACGAGAGACCAUUUACGCUUAAUUUACUGUCAAACGUGGACGAAGAGACUGUAAAUAAUGCAAAUAAGGAAACUGAUAUCGAAGGAAACAACGCUAAACGAAAUAACGCGGAAAAUGAAAAGCCAAAAUUGAACGAGGACUACAAAGCCAAACUUGAUACUGUAUAUGCGGAUUUUUUCGAAGACGAGCACGAAGGUUUGAAACGCAGUAUGAACUUGCUCGAGCUUCUCGACGAGAUCGAAUGAUUUAAAAUUUUAACUGAGACAUAUAACGCAU